CUGCCUGCUGGUGGAGCUGGAACGAAACUCUUCAGGGAGAGGUCCACGACGGCGGGCGACCGCGGGCGGAAGGAGGUGGAUGCUUCGGACAGCGUACGACAGGGCUCGAGGCGAGAGGAAAAGUCAGUGCAAACCGAUGAGGUGGAGAACGCUGGGAGCGCCAUGUAAGCUGAUGAAUGUAUCUCUCGCAAUCUCCUCGGCCCAGUCUCUCGAGCAGCGGCAGCGGCAGCAGAUUCUGGUGGAGCAGGCUUAGAUUCGCUGGUUGCGAGCGAGGCCGAUUUUCUUGCUCUCGGUCGCUCUCGCCCCAUUUGCUCGAAGGUCCGGCGCAUGGGCUCGUCAUUUCCGCGAUAGCACGGACUUUUCGUCGGAUCAACAGGACUACGCACACCCGAGCGUGUGCCUCCCAUGCCCGGCAAUAACCUGAAGCUCGAGCCCUGGGGGGAUUCUUCUGCGCAGAAAGAUGAGUCGUUCCCUCAAGUGCCCGGGGCGUCGAGCAACCCCAGUGGCGGCAACAACUGGCAACGCUCCCCGUCGCCUGCCUCUGGGGGUCCGGGCGUGGAGUUUGAUGAGCCCCCUUCUCCACGGCCCCGCAGUCCCAAUCUGCACAAGCGCAUGAUCCUGGCGAACCGCGAUAAGGAGUCGUUGCUAGAAGAAAUCAUCGACCUGAAAAAGGCUCUCUCGGAUCAAGCUUAUCACCUGAGGCUUCACAAAGUGCACGCCUCCGCGGUGCAGAUCGAGAACAGGAAAUUGGAGAAAGAUAUUGAGGACCUGGAAGUGUCUGGAAGUUAUGAAGCUCCACGUACUGGUGGCCCGACCAGACUUCGUUCCAAGCUACAAGGUUUGAAGGUAAGGUUGGGGGAUCUGCAAGCGACUUGUGAUCUACAGCAUGAUGAACUUAGCGCACUUCGUAGAGACAUACGAGUAACGCGCACAAGGGAGGUCGAGGUCGAACGUGACAUAUAUGCCGGAGAAAUAGGACGGUUGCAAAAGGUCGUGAGACGAUUGAGGGUACUGUCUGCGCGCAUUACAGCCGAGAACCGGGAACUUCAACGCCUCAAAGACAAAGCUGCUCGGCUGGAAAUCGCAAACCAGCGGCUCGAGAGUUGUAUUGCAGUUGUGCACAAAACGCUAGAGAGGGCAAACAAAGAAGUCACAGGCUAUCGAGCGAAGGCCAAUGAGUCACAGUUGGAGGCCAAAAAGUAUGGAAAGAAAAUCAAGGAGUUGCAAGAACACGCAACAGUUCUAGAAGGGCUUCUUGAGAAAGAGAGAAUCGAAAAGCGGCGUAUUGGGCAGAAAAUAAAGGCCGUCUCGAGCAAGAAGAGAGAAUGGGACAAAGAAUAUCAAGCCAAGCAGAAAAAGAACCAACUCUCCUCUGCAGCAGAGCUUUUGAAGAAGAAGAAGAAGAAGAAAAAGGUUCAGCCCAAGAGUAAACCCGUAAAGGCAGAAGGAGAAGCCUCGGGAGAAGUAUCCAGUGCAGAUGGAGGAGAGUCCAGUGCUGAGUCUUCAUCAGAUAGCGCCGGGGCCGAUUCUCCGCGUGGUGGUGCAGCUAUCUCUCUUGAAGAAUUCGAGGCGAGGAAACUAUCGUUCCUCGGCAAAGUGGAGACGGCAUCUCACUCUUUCGUUGCACAGGAGAAAGAUGUCUAUGGAAACGUCAUCAAUCGCUCACUUACCGGAGCCGGAGCACCUGGUUCUCAUGGUUAUGGCUCUGGUGGGCCUUAUGGAGGUGCUUCUGGGGACUUCGAUUCCGCCUUUGGACCUGGUGGAUCAGGAGGGCCAGGAGGAUUCGGUGCCGGAGGAGGUCCAGGAGGAUACGGUCCUGGAGGAGGCCCAGGAGGAUUCGGUGCUGCAGGAGGCCCAGGGGGAUUCGGUCCUGGAGGGUAUGGAGCUGGUGGUGCAGGAGGGGGCCCUGGAGGUUAUGGUACAGGAGACGAAGAUGGAUCUGCUGGAGGAGGCAAGGGAGGUAAGGGUGGCAAGGGUGGCAAAGCGGGCAAGGGUGGAAAGGGAGGUAAAGGUGGGAAAGGUGGGGCUUACUCUGGUACUAGCUCUCCUGGGUCUGGUGGCUACGGUUCGGGUUCUGCAUCUCUGGGGGAACCUCGGUCUGCGUCUGGUACUCUUCUUUCUUCUUCAGGUGGGUCAUCUUCAACUCUAGCCAUGUCUCCUGAAGAUAGAAAGCGUGAACAGGAUCUUGAAGGAACUUUCUACGAGGGGGUUGAGUCUGCUGCCGACGACUUCAUGGACUCAGUGGAGGCCAUGGUUGGAGGCAAAGGGAAGGUUCCGAAGUUGAACUUAGAACGCAUAAAAGCCAAGGAGGCUGCAGAUGCACGGAGACGUGAAGAACAGAGAAUUCUGAGGGAGAGAGAAGAGAGAUUCCUUGCCCAGGAACAAGAGGCUAAGAGACUGGCUUAUGAACUAGCCGAAGAAAGGAGGCUGUCUGCUCAAAAAAUAGAGGAAGAAACCUCUAGACGCUUGAAGAUCCUAGCUGAGCAGGGUAACCUUGAUCUUUCCAUCGACCAUGAGAGAUUGCAAGGCGAUGAAUUUGAAACCCAAAUAAAGACUGAUAUGGCAGGAAGAUUAAGUCUGCAAAUCAACUUGAAACGUUCCUCAGAACAUCCCUAUCCUGGUUCGCCUAGAGCUUUAGCUGAGGCUGAGCAAGAGGCAGAGCGGAGGAGAGUUGCAGCAGAAAUCGAGGCACAAAAAGAAGAGGCACGGAGAAUCAAAGAGGAGAUGGCAGCUAGGGAGGAGGCUGUCAGAAAAGCUGAGAAGGAAACAUUGCGUAGAGCAGAACUUGAGAUGGCAGAGAGGAAUCUUUGGGAGGCAGGUUUAACUCCGGAGGAGUUGGCAGAGUACCGUAGGCGUAUAGCGGCGGGUGAAAAUCCAGACGAUGUCAUGAAGUCUAUGAAAAAGGCAGCUCGUGCUGCUGCUAAGCUACAGCAAGAGCAGGCACAUGAGGCCGAACUCAGGAAGAAGGCAGAAGAUGACGUAAAGAUGAGAAUGGCCCAAGAGGUGGCCGCCAAGAAAGAAGCUGAGCAAGCGUCCAAGAGAGCAGCUUGGGAGGCAACUUUGACUCCGGAGCAGUUGGCCGAGUACAGAAGGCGUAUAGCUGCCGGUGAAAACCCAGACGAUGUCAUGAAAUCGAUGCAGUGGCAGGCAACUUUGACUCCUGAGCAAUUAGCAGAAUACAAGAGGCGUAUAGCUGCUGGCGAGAAUCCAAAAGAUGUCAUGAAGGCCAUGCAGUUAUCAGCAUUCGAGGCGAGUUUGAGCCCUGAAGAGUUGGCGGAGUACCGAAGGCGAAUAGCUGCUGGUGAAGAUCCCUACGAUGUUAUGAACGACAUAAUUGCGAUCAAAAAGAAGAAUCCUUUCCAAUUUUUGGAUAAGGAUAUGCAGGGCUUUAUCAAGGAGAAUAUCAGAGGAGUUCUAGGUCACUUAGAGAACAUAACUGAGGUCAUCGUUCAUAAGCAACAAGAGCUCGGUAAGCACAAAGAGGGCGUGACUUCUACUGCUGGAGCAGCGAUGGACGUCUUAAAGGCUUCUGAGAAAGACGGAGAUAAGAAAAAGAAGAAGAAAGAAGUCCAUAUACAAGAGGAGUCUUCCAGUAGACCUGGAACGCCGAAACGUGAGAAGAGGGGAGAGUCCAGCAGCAGAGGUUCCCGUGACAAGUGAGCUUCCCCUGAUGAUGGACUACACUCUUGAAGGUGCGAUCACUGCAAACAACUGAAAACUUCUAAUUAUCUUGUUGUUAUUAAACUGCCACUCAUCACUCUUAAAUGAGGCGCUGGAAGUAAAUGAGCCAGGUUGCAUGAUGACGUCCUCUCCAGUGAUUAUUUACAUUUUCGACUGCUGGCGUGAAUCACCAUGAUUUGACUUUGAAGUGGUGAGCGUCUUCAAAAUUGAAAGACCCUCUGUCGUGGAGAGCUGUAAUCUGCCGAAAUCAAGGAAGCCAAUAGUGUUGGCUCCUUCUAAACUGCAAGUUGGGAUUGAUCCAUGUUGCCAUCGUGAUGACCAUUGUUUACAGCCGUUCACGACCAAAGGUGGUCUGGUGUACUGCCUUGGUUUGGUAGCUGAAGUCUACUUCAAUCAUGGCUGGCAGAAUCCUAAACCACAUUUUGGCAAGCGAUCUCAGGACACAAUUGGUGUUAUGAAAGACUACGAGAGCUAUCAGAUUGAUAAGCUACGUCACUCAGUGGUGCAGGUUGACCUCCAAGAAACAAGGGAAGAUUACUUGUACAAAUUCAGACGAGCCACGAGCUCACUACUUGCACCGGUGAAACUGAUGCAUCGAUGAGAAAUCGUGCGGCCUUUGGACAGUCGGUCAUGCUGAAUUAGAUGUAAACCUAUAUGGGAAUGGGGAUUUGUAGAUUAUUGUCAAGUGGGAAGCGCAUUUUGGUUUCUGUUUGUUCCAUUUGAUCAACCAGUCCAGAGCGUGGCCAGUAUAUAACUGAAUUUGCUAAUGCUUCGGCCCUCUUGAACUGUUCUAGUUUCAAACUCGGGCAGAGUCGAUUGGACUCUUCCAGGAGAUCAGGGGAAGUGUCGCCUGUCAAAUUAUUGCCAUCAUAGCCUAGGUUAGUCCUCCCAUUUUGGGGACGGAGCAAGACAAGCGUUUGGUAUUGAGGGAGAUUACUGGAGUGUUAGGGGCGCCUUCACAUGGCAGCACUGUGAGCCAUCGUCAGUAGUCUCUUAGACAUGGCUUUGGUACCUCUUAUUUAGUUUUACCUCGGUUUCAGAAUCAGAGACCACGUUAUUCAGAAGCAUAUAUUUAGCGUCAUUAAAAGCAAGGGUUGGCGGGAGCUUGUAACAAGGUGUGUUGUAAUUAGGAGUUUACGUCGAUGGACAACAUAUAUGCAAUUUUGUCUGAAAGGGUGAGACCACGAUCCUUGUCAUGUACGUAGUUGUUACAGAUCAACCUUUGAGUGUGAUCCGAGAUUUUACAGAUAUAAUCUGACACAUCCUUUUAAAUUCAGAAAGUUUAAACAC